AUUAUCUUAAAUUCUUAAUUGAUGCAAUUGAACCACAUCAAGUCACAUGGCUACAGUAGUGUAAAUGCACAGGGAAAACAGAGUACUUUCAUAAUAAUAUAAGUAAACCAAGCGAUGUGUGUUAGUAGGGGGAAAACAGAGUACUUUCAUAAUUUCCAUGGAGUAUCUUCGUCAAAAGAUGAUCCCUUGCUCAUCCUCCUUCGAAGCAUUCAAAAUCCCCUGCAUCUUCACACUUGCAACCAUCCUGAUAGUCACCUUAUCAAUCAUCCGAAAGCAGAAACUAUCCAAAACCGCCGCUCUAAACUUGCCGCCGGGCCCAUGGAAGCUUCCCAUCAUAGGAAACAUCCACCAGAUGGUCGGCGACCAACCUCACCGGCGACUCAGGGAUCUGGCCGCCAAAUAUGGUCCCGAUGUGAUGCAGCUUCAGCUUGGGGAGCUAAAUUACAUCAUAAUCUCAACUCCUGAAGCAGCCAAACUAGUGAUGACGACCCACGACAUAGCUUUCGCUUCCAGGCCUAAUUUCCUGGCCCCGGAUAUAAUGUUCUAUGGUUGCAAGGGCAUGGCUUUCGCGCCCUACGGCGAGUACUGGAGACAGAUGCGCAAGCUCAGCACACGGGAGCUCUUCAGCGCCAAAAGGGUUCAAUCUUUCCGCCACAUAAGGGAAGAAGAGGUGUCCAAUCUCGUGGCUUCUCUGACUCGUUCUGCAGAUGCAGGGGAGCCUGUGAAUCUGACUCAUAUGCUGUUUAAGCUAACGAGUACCAUAACUUCCAGGGCCGUGCUUGGUAAAGUACAGGAGCUAAACGAUGCUUUUCAAGUUGUGGUCGAUGAUCUUGCAGAAGCUCUUGUUGGUUUCAGAGUUUCUGAUCUUUAUCCUUCCUUCAAAUUACUCCCCAUCCUCACUGGGUACAGAGCAAAACUAUGUAAGAUGCAGAAAGCAACAGAUUCGGUUAUGGACCAAAUUAUCAGUGAACAUCAAUCAAGAAGAAGGGCAGGAAGGAAAGAUGAUGACGAAAAAGAGGAUCUUGUCGAUGUCCUUUUGAAUCUUUCAGAAAAGCAAGACCUUGACAUACCCAUUACAAUGGAAGUCAUAAAAGCAGUGACUUUGGAAAUAUUUUUAGCUGGUAUUGAGACAACAUCAACGAUAAUAGAAUGGACCAUGUCUGAACUUAUAAACGAUCCAAGAGUGUUUCAAAAGGCUCAAGAAGAGGUCAGGCAGAUGUUAGAGAAAAUGGAGAGAAGGUGGAACUCAAUGGAUAUGAUGUCCCAAUCAACACCAGAGUCAUUGUAAAUGCCUGGGCGAUCAAUCGGGAUCCCCGUCAUUGGGUCGAGCCGGAGAAAUUCUACCCUGAGAGAUUCCUGGAUUGCUCAACUGACUAUAGUGGGAACUAUUUCCAGUUCAUUCCAUUUGGUGCCGGAAGAAGGAUAUGCCCCGGAAUUUCUUUUGGAAUGACGAUGGUUAAACUGGCUAUGGCAAAUUUGCUCUAUCACUUUCAAUGGGAACUUUCAUCCGAAAUGAAACAAAAAGGCAUUG